UAUGCGGUUGGAUAGCGCGUGCGUUUGUUUUGGUUUUGUAGUCCAAGCACGUGUGUAUCGUACGCGUAAUUGCUGCCGCGCAUAAUUCAGCAGGCAUGCACAGACACAUGUCCUCGACGUCCCCGGCCACACUUUACGGGCAUGUUGUCAUUUUUGAGGGAAAUAUACGACCAUAGAGAUAUUGGAAGUCAAUCUACCUAGCUCUUGUUAUGGGGCUGAAUUUUAACAGCAGUUACUGAGAAAUUUUGCUGUCGGCCGGCCACAGAGAUUGCUGAAUGACAAACAUGGCAGGUACUUCAGUUCUACCAGAGCUGGACCUACAGACAGGUUUACCCAAGGCUCAGGGGUUGUAUGACCCACAGCAGGAGAAAGAUGCGUGUGGAGUAGGGUUCAUCGUUAAUAUACAUGGAAUCAAGUCUAAAAAGAUUCUAGAGGAUGCCUCUGUCAUGCUGUGCCGCAUGAAGCAUCGUGGGGCAUGUAGCGGGGACAACAAUACUGGCGAUGGCGCUGGGGUCAUGACGGCCAUUCCGCAUCAGCUAUACGCCCGUGUUUUAAGGGAGGAGCAAGGUGUAUGCCUCCCUGGACUGACACAUUACGCUACGGGGAUGAUCUUUUUGGACAAAGAGACUGCCCCUCAGUGCGAACAGCUUUUCGAUGAAAUAGCUGCAAAAUGCAAACUUAAUGUCCUUUGUUGGCGGACAGUUCCCCACGACAGCAGCGUGAUUGGAGCUAUAUCCAAGUCCAGAGAACCAUUCAUUCGUCAGGUGUUCGUUACCGGGGAAACGGAAGGAGAUGAACUGAAACGACAGGUGUUUGCAUUACGUAAGGAAGCCACGCAUACCAUUCCCAACCAGGGAUAUCGGUUCUACAUAUGCAACCUAUCUGUGGAUACCAUAGUAUACAAGGGGAUGUUAACUCCCAAGCAGCUGUUUGAGUACUUCACCGAUUUCAAGGAGCCAGAUUUUGAGACCCAUUUCGCCCAUGUCCACAGCCGCUUCUCCACAAACACUUUCCCAAGCUGGGAGAGGGCCCAUCCGAUGAGGUACAUAUCCCAUAAUGGUGAGAUCAACUCGCUGCGAGGCAACAGCAACCUGAUGCAUGCGCGGGAGGGCGUCAUGCGCAGCACAGUCUACGGUGACCAGCUCAAGCGACUUUAUCCCGUGGUUGAGAACGGCAUGUCGGACUCGGGACAGUUUGACAACGUCCUGGAGUUCUUGAUCAUGGCUGGUGGGAGGACACUUCCUGAGGCUGUGAUGACGAUGGUUCCCGAGGCAUGGCACAAGGACCAUUUGAUGAAUCCAGAUAAGAGAGACUACUAUCGAUGGGCAGCCUUCGCUAUGGAACCCUGGGAUGGGCCAGCCUUGUUCACGUUCUCGGACGGUCGCUACAUCGGCGCGAUUCUUGACCGUAACGGUCUGCGUCCAUCACGUUACUACAUCACCAAGUCUGGCUUCAUGAUCAUGGGCAGCGAGGUUGGAGUAGUGGACAUCCCUCAUGCUGAUGUGGCCCAAAAGGGUCGUCUCAAGCCAGGUCGCAUGCUAUUGGUCGAUACUGUCGUCGGGGAAGUCACCAAGGAUGAGGAGCUGAAGCUGGGCAUCGCUAAGCAACGGCCAGUCAGCAAGUGGCUGCGAGAACAGGUCUUUACAUUGUCCGAUCUGUACAAGGCACACAAGCCGUCGUCCCCGGCAACCACCAAUCAGAAUCGUCUGUCCGUGCAGACCGAUCACCGCCUGCCGAUGUUUGGGUACAGCGUGGAACAUCUGAAUAUGCUGAUCAUCCCAAUCAUCAAGAAUAAGAAAGAGCCUCUAGGAUCUAUGGGUAACGACAUCCCCUUAGCCUGUCUGUCAGAACGCAACCCGCUGGUCUUUGAGUACUUCAAGCAGUUGUUUGCCCAGGUUACCAACCCACCCAUCGACCCAAUCAGAGAGCACAUCGUCAUGUCAUUGGCAUGUCCCAUCGGUCCAGAGAGUAACAUUCUGGAGCCAAGUGAACUCCAAUGUAAGAGGCUGUUCCUAGACACACCCAUCCUGUCUUUAGAUGAUCUAGAGGUUAUCAAAGCGACUACAUUCAGAGGAUGGAAGACUAAAACCAUUGACAUGACGUUCCCAAUUGAGUCUGGUAGCUCCGGUCUUGUACCUGCACUCGACAGAGUCUGUAGCGAGUGCUCCACUGCCGUAGAUGAGGGAUAUACACUGCUGGUUCUAUCUGAUAGAAAUGCUGGACCAGAACGUGUACCAGUCAGUUCGCUGUUAACUCUAGGAGCAACUCAUCACCAUCUCAUCAAGACCCGUCAGCGUCUCCGUGUCGGUCUCAUCGUAGAGACCGGCGAAGCUCGCGAGAUGCACCACAUGUGCCUCCUCCUCGGCUACGGGGCCGACGCCAUCUGCCCCUACCUGGUCUACGAGAGCGUACAAAGCCUGCGAGAUCAGAAUCUCCUGAGCGAGCAAGGGGAAGGGGGACAGUACACGGAUGAGGAAAUUGCCGAAAGAUUCAAGGUUGCCACGGGGAAGGGUGUCGCUAAGGUGAUGGCUAAGAUGGGCAUCUCCACACUGCAUAGUUACAAGGGAGCUCAGAUCUUUGAAGCUGUAGGGCUGGGUCAGGAAGUGAUUGACAAGUGUUUCCUUGGCACUGCCUCCAGACUGGGCGGAGCUACAUUUGAAGUUUUGGCUGAAGAAGCAAUCCAGCGCCACUUUGUUGCAUAUGCAGAUCGGGAUGGUGACAUCAUCACUAGCUUGGAGCCAGGACAGUACCAUUGGCGCAGCGGGGGUGAGAAGCACAUAAACGACCCUCUGAGCGUGGCUAAUCUGCAGGAUGCCACCCGCAACAAGAGUCAACUGGCCUAUGAGAAAUACCGCGAGUCCCAAGAAGCAGUGAUUAAAGACUGUACUCUGAGGGGCCAGCUAGACUUCAAGAAAUCCUCCUGUCCUUUAGAUCUGUCAUUGGUGGAAGAAGCGUCAAGUAUCGUCAAGAGAUUCGUGACCGGGGCCAUGAGCUUUGGCAGUCUGUCCAUUGAGACACACACAACACUUGCUGUGGCCAUGAACAGAAUUGGAGGCAAGAGUAACACAGGCGAGGGGGGCGAAUCGGAAGAUCGCUACGUCAGCAACGAUCCCACCAACAGCACCAGGUCAUCCAUCAAGCAGGUAGCCUCGGGACGGUUUGGAGUUACAACCUCAUACCUGGCACAUGCUGACGAGCUGCAGAUCAAGAUGGCACAGGGUGCUAAGCCUGGGGAAGGAGGUGAACUUCCAGGACAUAAGGUGUCCGACGCCAUAGCCAAGACCCGUUCCUCCAUUCCAGGGGUGGGGCUAGUGUCCCCGCCCCCUCAUCAUGACAUCUACUCCAUUGAGGACCUAGCUGAGCUCAUCUAUAACUUGAAGUGUGCCAACCCAGAGGCUAGGAUUAGUGUCAAGCUGGUGUCAGAGGUGGGAGUAGGGGUGGUGGCUGCUGGCGUGGCAAAGGGCCUUGCUGAGCACAUCACCAUCUCUGGCCACGAUGGAGGCACAGGGGCAAGCACAUGGACAGGCAUCAAGCAUGCAGGAUUACCAUGGGAGCUGGGCCUGGCCGAGACGCACCAGACACUGGUGCUGAAUGACCUCAGGUCAAGGGUCAAAGUGCAGACGGAUGGACAGCUUAGGACAGGUCGUGAUGUUGUAAUAGCAGCUCUCCUUGGAGCUGAUGAGUUUGCAUUCUCCACGGCUCCCCUCAUCGCUCUAGGAUGCAUCAUGAUGAGAAAAUGUCAUCUCAACACCUGCCCUGUUGGCGUGGCAACACAGGAUCCUGAGCUUCGCAAGAAGUUUGACGGCCAACCAGAACACGUCAUCAACUAUUUCUUCAUGCUAGCCGAGGAAGUCCGCCAGCACAUGGCAGAGCUGGGCUUCCGUACAUUCCAGGAGAUGAUCGGGCACUCUGAUAGGCUGGUGGUCGCCAAGCAGUUAGCCAAUGACAAGUGCCGUCUCUUAGACUUCGGCAAGAUCCUUCAGAGAGCGGACGAGAUGAGGCAGGGAGUUAAUACCCUAGGAGGCAGCGUGGAGCAAAAUUUUGAAUUGGAAAACCGAUUGGACAAUAAGUUAAUUGAGGCAGCCCAGGACGUUAUCGAUGGCAAGAAAGAUCACGUGUCUCUGGACAUGGAGAUUACCAGUCAGAGUAGAGCAUUCGCUACAACACUCAGCUUCCAUAUUGCCAAGAAGUUUUGCGACCAGGGUUUACCAGACAAGUCCAUCCAGAUCAAGCUGCAUGGCUCAGCAGGUCAGAGCUUCUGUGCUUUCCUGGCCCACGGUGUGUACGUGGAACUGGAAGGCGAUGCCAAUGACUAUGUGGGCAAGGGUUUGUCCGGAGGCACGGUAGUAGUGUAUCCCCCGAAAGACAUGGCAAGCGACUUCAAAACAGAAGAGAAUAUCAUCGUAGGCAACGUCUGCCUGUACGGCGCAACGAGGGGAACCGCCUACUUUAGGGGCGUGGCAGCUGAGAGAUUCUGUGUCCGGAACUCGGGCGCCACCGCUGUUUGUGAGGGUGUUGGCAAUCAUGGUUGUGAGUACAUGACUGGGGGACGAGCCAUUAUCCUAGGGCCGACUGGUUGUAACUUUGCUGCUGGAAUGUCAGGCGGAAUCGCUUAUGUUCUGGACAGAUCAGGACAGUUUCCCAUUCUCUGCAACAAGGAGUCGGUGACCCUGCGACCAGUCGACAAGGCCAUAGAUGUGACCUUCAUCCAGGAGCAACUCCAGAAGUUUGUUGACCUGACUGGGUCAGAGGUCGCAACCAAGGUUCUGACCAACUGGGAUGAGGAAGUCAAGUAUUUGGUCAAGGUCUUCCCUGAUCAGUACAGAGACGCACUUCUCAAAAUGAAAGCCAAAAACCUUGCCAAGCAAAAGGAGGCAGAGCCAUCCACUCACAAACUGACCAAUGGAAUGGAUGUAAUAAAUGGGUCAACCAAUCAGAACGGACCACUAGAGAUGAAUGGGGAGAAACCAUCCAAUGAGAAGACAGAACCCAAAGUGAUCGACAUUGAGGAGGCUAUACCGGAUGCUGAGAUGGAAAAAAGACAGUUGGAGAGGAUUUUAGACAAAACAAGGGGUUUUGUUAAAUACAAGAGGAACAACCAACCGUACCGGAAAGUAGCAGUACGCAUGAAGGACUGGGGUGAAAUCUAUGACCACAAGUCUGUGAAGAAAGAACUUAAAACACAGGCCGCAAGAUGUAUGGACUGUGGCACCCCUUUCUGUCAGGGUCACACGGGCUGUCCCCUUGGCAACAUCAUCCCCUCUUGGAAUGACCUGGUCUUCAAAGGUCAGUGGCAGGACGCCCUCGAGAGGCUGGAGGUGACCAACAACUUCCCCGAGUUCACCGGGAGGUGCUGCCCUGCUCCCUGCGAGGGAGCGUGUGUUCUGGGCAUCAACGCCCCAGCCGUGACCAUUAAGAACAUUGAGAACACCAUCAUCGACCACGCCUUUGAGCAAGGGUGGAUGAAGCCCCGCCCACCCUCCUUCCGCACCGGUAAGACCGUGGCCGUCGUAGGCAGCGGCCCGUCAGGACUAGCAGCCGCGGCUCAGCUGAAUAAAGCCGGUCACCUGGUGACGGUGUAUGAGAGGAGUGAUAGGAUCGGUGGACUGCUGAUGUACGGGAUACCAUCCAUGAAACUCAGCAAAGCCGUUGUGCAGCGUCGUGUUGAUUUGAUGCGAGAUGAGGGGAUACAGUUUGUAACCGACGCAAACGUGGGCGACACCAUCAGCCCUAAACAACUCCUGCAAGACCAUGAUGCAUUGCUGCUGUGCGUGGGGUCCACACGCCCCAGGGAUCUGCCCAUACCUGGCCGAGACCUAGAAGGCAUCCAUUUUGCGAUGGAUUUCCUGGGGAGAUGGCAGCAGAGACAGAUGGGCAACGAUAACGAUCACGUCGAUGCGAAGGGUAAAGAUAUCAUCAUCAUAGGAGGUGGGGACACCGGGGUAGAUUGCAUCGGAACAUCACUACGGAUGGAUGCCAAGUCCAUUACUACCUUUGAGAUCCUCUCUCAACCUCCUCCCACAAGGGCCAACAGCAACCCCUGGCCGACAUGGCCCCGGGUUCUGCGUUUUGACUACGGCCACGAUGAGGUCAAACUGAAGCAUGGACAAGACCCCAGGAACUUUGACAUCCUGAGUGAGGAAUUCCUGGAUGACGGUACUGGCCGUGUCGCAGGCAUCCGCACCGUCAAGGUGGAAUGGAAGCGCGAACCCUCGGGCCGGUACACCAUGGAGAAGGUCCGAGGCACUGAGAGGACCUUCAAGGCAGACUUGGUCUUCCUUGCCAUGGGAUUCCUAGGGCCUGAGGAUAGUAUCAUCAACCAGCUAGCGUUGGACCAGGACCCCAGGGCAAAUAUUGAGACUGUGACCGGGAAAUACAGGACCAGCGUGUCAAGAGUUUACACUGCCGGGGAUUGUCAUCGUGGUCAAUCGCUGGUCGUCCACGCCAUCAACGAGGGACGGCAGGCGGCUCGGGAGAUUGACCUCCACCUGAUGGGUCACACGUCCCUCGCUGGGCCAGGAGGUGUGGUCUUCACCCCCGGUGUCAAAGUGGACAAGGCCAAGAUGGAGGGAGUCAGGAACCAGCCAAUGGUCCAAUGUGUGGCUUGAAGGAUGAGUGAAAGAUACGUGGGGGUGAUUACAGCUCUGCCAACAUACUUGUAUAAGGCCCAAAAAAAAAAC